AUGUCCCUUCCUCCCAUCCUUGUCCACACCUUCGCCCGUCCACUGCCAUACCGGCAGACUUGGGCGCUGCAGGAGCGUCUUCAUCAACUCCAGCUAGCUCUGCGCCGCACCAAUGAGCACCCAGACGUCCUCCUGCUCCUCGAGCAUCGACCUGCGUACACCGCUGGCCGCAGGCAGACAGAGCCCACCAUUCGCGAUGAACGCAUACGACUGGAAAACCUUGGCGCAGACUUCAUAACCGCCACCCGUGGCGGACAGCUCACCUAUCACGGCCCAGGCCAAAUCGUCGGAUAUCCCUUGAUUGAUCUCUCCCGCUACACCCCGACAAUGGGUACCAAAGAUUAUGUCUGUCGCAUCCAGACGCUCAUGAAGCUGCAUCUGCGUGACGCCCACGAUAUCGUGUCGUCGCCUUCGGACCAUACCGGCGUAUUCCUAGAUCCUGUCACCAAGAUUGCCAGCAUCGGCGUCCAGGUCCGUCAUCGGCUCACGUCGCACGGUUUCGCCAUGAACAUUACAAACGAGCCUCUUGCAUGGUUCAACCAAAUCGUCGCGUGCGGAUUGGACGAUGUUCGUGCAGGUUCCAUUGAAUCGAAACUGCAGAAGCCUAUUCGAUUCGAGGAUGAGGUACCGGGACUUGUCGCCCAAUUCGGGAAGGCCUUCGAGCGCGAGAUGGUCUCGCUAGAUCUCGACAGAACGGGCGAAAUUGGCGAGGCUAUUCAAGAACUCGAGGAAGAGGCUGAAAGAGCGGGUAGUUGGUUAGCAAAACCCGAAUCACGAGCUUGA